AUGAGACAGAAAGGGUUUAGAAAGGACAAAGACACUGCAGCAGCAGCAGCAGCAGCAGCAGCAGCAGCAGCAGCAGCAGUGACAGCAGCAGCAGCAGCAGCGACAGCAGCAAUUUACACACAGCGAGAGACAGAAGAAGAGACAGCAACAGCAGCAAGAAGAGACAAAGAAAUAGCUGCUGCAGCAACAACACCAACUGCUGCAGCAGCAACAGCAGCAACAGCAGCAGCUGCUGAAUCAACGCAACAGCAAGUGGUAGCAGCAACUGCUGCAGCAGCAACAGCAGCAACAGCAAGAUGUAGAGGCAACGGCAGCAGCAGCAGCAGCAGCAGCAGCAACAGCAACUACAGUAUCAGAAGCCGCAGCAGCAACAACUCAGCAGCAGCAACAACUACAGACGCAACAGCAACAACAACAACAACAAUAGCAGCAGCAGCAACAGCAGCAGCAGCAGCAACAGCAACAGCAGCAGCAGCAGCAGCAACAGCAGCAACAGCAGCAGCAGCAGUAUACCUCGAAAGCAUCGUUGAUGUGGGCGGCGUUUGCUGUGUGCAUUCUCGUCGCCUUGCGCUGAGGUGUACAGACACCGCAACACAACACUUGCAGCAGCAGCAGCAGCAGCAGCAGCAGCAGCAGCAGAAUAGCAGCAGCAGCAGCAGAAUAGCAGCAGCAGCAGCAACAACAGUAGCAGCAGCAGCAGCAGCAGCAGCAGGGUAA